AUGUGGGCCCCCAGCCGCCACCAGCUCUGCCUGGCCUUCCUGCUUGUCUGUGUCCUUUCAGCAAUAUCCUUUCUCCACUUCCUCCAAGACCUCUUUCAAUAUGGCCUCCGCCUGUCUGUCCUUUGUCCAGACAGCCAUGUGCUGAGAGCCCCAGUGGCCAUCAUCUGCCUGGCUGACAAACAGCUCACCCAAAACACCUCCUCCUCUUGUCUUCAGAAUGCUGACCCCGUCUCAGGAACCUGGACUAUCCACCCAGAUGGUCGGUUGGGUAACCAGAUGGGGCAGUAUGCGACACUGCUUGCCCUGGCCCAGCUCAACGGCCGCCGUGCCUUCAUCUUGCCAGCCAUGCAUGCCACCCUGGCCCCAGUGUUCCGCAUCACGCUACCCGUGCUGACAUCCGAGGUAGACAGUCGGACACCGUGGCGGAAGUUGCAGCUGCAUGACUGGAUGUCAGAGGAGUAUUUCUGCUUGAAGGAUCCAUUUCUGAAGCUGUCUGGUUUUCCCUGCUCUUGGACAUUUUUCCAUCACCUUCGGGAACAAAUCCGCAGGGAAUUCACCCUUCAUGACCAUCUUCGUGAUGAGGCCCAGCACUUGCUGAGUCAGUUUCGUCUGGGCCACACUGGGGCCCGGCCUCGAACCUUCGUGGGUGUCCAUGUGCGCCGUGGGGACUAUCUGCAGGUGAUGCCCCAGCGCUGGAAGGGUGUGGUGGGUGACCGUGUCUAUCUCCAGCAGGCUAUGGACUGGUUCCGGGCCCGGCAUGAAGCCCCCAUCUUUGUGGUCACCAGCAAUGGCAUGAAGUGGUGCUGGGAAAAUAUUGACAUGUCUCGGGGUGAUGUGGUCUUUGCUGGUGAUGGGCAGGAGGGCUCACCAGGGAAGGACUUUGCCCUGCUCACUCAGUGCAACCACACUAUCAUGACCGUUGGCACCUUUGGCUUCUGGGCUGCCUACCUGGCUGGUGGAGACACUGUCUACCUUGCCAACUUCACCCUGCCAGACUCAGAGUUCCUGAAGGUCUUCAAGCCUGAGGCUGCCUUCCUGCCUGAGUGGGUGGGCAUUAAUGCAGACUUGUCUCCAGUGCAGACAGGAGCUGGGUCUUGGAAGCUAGGGAGACUUUUGGGACUAGUCUCAUCAGGCUAGAGUCAGACAGA